AUGUUGAGUUCGACACUGGCCCAUCUGUACUGGAGGACAAGCUUGCCAAUAUCCGUAUCACGAUCGUUGUACCCUUUAUACGGAGCAUAUUGUAUACGCCACGGUUCAAACUUUAGCCCGAAGCAACGUUUCGCGAUGCGGACCGCCUAUUUCAAACAGAUGCCCGGCGAGGAGCAGUGCCAGAUCAGCUUUCACCUACUGCUCGACCAGUACAAGAUAGAUAAAGUGUUCAACUUUAAUCGCAGUUUGACUGAACAGAUCGAUAACAGCCUGGAUAGAAUCCGGGCAAACGUGGAGAAAGAAUUCCAGAAGAAAAACAAACGGAAAAAGGUCAAAAAGCAAGCAGCGCAAACCGCCGACAAUAAUGUACCGACUGGUGAGCAGAGCACUGAAGUUCCGUCCGACGUGCCGAUAGUUGUGUCGCUCGGCACGGAUGAGGAAAAGAUUACCAAUAUGACCAUUGCAGAUAUAUUGGCUAAAUUUGACGCCGGUCAAUACCCAAACGUGCGGCUUACUGUGUUUGAUGAAAACUUCCAAGUUUCGUACAACAGCCCGGAGGUGCACGUGGUCAAACUGCCUACAUCAAUGUUGGCCGAUUUUUAUGUGUGUCCAUCCCGACUGGAACUUCACUUUGCUACACGCGAAUGUAGCUCGUACAGCUGGUCCCGAGGUCUGAUGCCAGAGUCGGGCAAUGCGCAACAGAUCCGCUGGGAGCAGGUCAGCACGGAGUUGACGUACAUGGUGCAGAAGAGUGACGUUGGUCAUCAUCUGAAGUUUACCUGCACACCGAAGGAUUCCACCGGACGGUCUGGCCCGAUGGUGGAAAUAAUCUCACAGCAACAGGUACAGGCCGGUCCGGGGUUGUGUCCAUUCGAGGUGCGCCAUCUGUUCACACAGCAGAAGCUCAACGAUGGUCAGUUCCGUGUGGUGUCGUAUAAUUUACUAGCCGAGCUGUACUCCGACAGUGACUACAGCCGGACGGUUCUGUUCCCAUAUACGCCACCAUACGCACUGGAAAUCGAUUAUCGGAAACAACUGUUCGUGAAGGAGAUCCUCGGCUAUCGGGCCGAUAUCGUAUGUUUGCAGGAGGUGGACACAAAGAUAUUCACCCUGGAUCUGGUUCCUAUUUUCAACCAGAAAAAUCUUACCGGCCACUACCAAGCGAAACGGAACGUUGCAGAAGGGGUGGCAACGUUUUAUGAUGUGAAUAAAUUCGAGUUGCUUGAACAAGAUGGUGUUAUCAUCAGCGAGAUUUUGCAACGAUAUCCUGAGCUAUGGAACCAGAUAAAGGAUAACAAACCGUUGGUAGAGAGGGUAGAGAACAGAUCGACUGCAUUACAACUUACCUUUUUGCGUAGUAAACAAGAUCCUCGGAAGCAUCUGCUGGUGGCCAAUACGCAUCUGUAUUUCAGCCCAGAUGCAGACCAUGUGCGUUUGCUGCAGAUAGGAUACGCAAUGCUGUACGUACGCGAACAGUACGAACGGAUCGCUGAACAAUACAAUCUGCAGGAGUCCGAGUUGGCGCUGCUGUUUUGUGGCGAUUUCAAUUCGGUGCCGGAGUGUGGCAUCUACAAGCUCAUGACGGAACGGUUCGUUGGGCCGGAAUUCGCCGACUGGGAAAGCAAUAUCGAGGAAGCGGCCAAAAACGUUUCACUGUCCCAACCGUUCAAGAUGGCUUCGGCCUGUGGGUGUCCAGAGUUUACGAACUAUACGGUGGGAUUCGCUGCGUGCAUCGACUACAUCUUCUACCAGCAGGGAGCUUUGAAUGUGAACGAUGUUAUUCCGAUGCCAAGUCGGGAAGAGUUAUCGAUGUACGAAGCGAUACCAUCUCCCGUCUUUCCUUCGGAUCACAUUGCGCUGGUCGCAAACUUGGAGUGGACAAGAUAG